AUGGAUACCAUACCGACACGACGGCAAAUUGUGGGGUGGUGCAGUGCCGUCACGGAACACAGAGGCAAACUUCUGCGACCUGAAUCUGGGACCGGCUGCAGUGGCCUAAACCUCGCGACAACGAGGGUUUCUGUCAUGGAGAAAAAUAUUUUGAGGUCAGCGUACCUUCUGGGUUUUCAGGGCACAGGGUCUGAGCUUGAAGGGGAGUCGGCGGCUACGGUUCUAACACGACCAGAGAACUCGAGCAUUAACCUCUUCGUAGACUCUAUCUCAGAAACGAAUUCUGGAACACACACAAAGUACUAUACCCUUAGAGAUAGGGUAGAAAGGGUUUUAGACGAUCUCGUGACACUGAUCGACUAUCAAGAUAAAAUUGCAAACCAGGACGGAUAUUGGGUGGCAUCACCGUUGGAAGAUGUGAAAAACGGAAUGAAGCGCAAAGUUGUGGGUUAUGAUCUCAAAGACGUUGUCUCGUUCCGUGGCGUAAGUCAGCGAGUUGAGUAUUUCAGCAACCUAGGAUAUGGAUGGACGCAGUAUGCUCGCGCUAUCAAGGCCCUCGUCAUUUUUGGAAGAGGUUUUGAGGACCUGAUUGUGCCGGUAGAUGGCCAGCACAGUUGUACCCAAUGGAAGGUGGUACCAUCUGGUCAGAACUACCUGUGCGCAACUAUCACCACUCUGAGACGCAUACAGAUCGCUACCCCGGGCCCUAAACCUGGGCGACAUGAGCUUCACGGUGGUAUCAGCUGGUCAUCUCCCAACAGAGAUGUCUUCACCAGAUGCCAUUGCCUCAACACCGAAACCCCGCGCCAGGCGAAGCCCACAUCCGGCCUGUGCAGUUCCUCUUAA